AUGGAUCGGACUGAAGCUGGGCUACGGCGAGGAGAGUCCUUCCACAAAGAAGCAUCAGGCGGCAACAAGAUGCCCAGAUCUAAUGAACGGAAAGUAAGGAUCUCUAACGUAACCGGUGUUUCUGUUCAAAACACGAUAGAGCAAGAUGCACAGAGCGAACAAGAUCAAGAAGACGCUUCUCGCCAAAUCGAAGAGCAGAUAAAACUCCAUUACCUUCUUACGCAAACACCAGACCGAAUAGUUCAUUUGCUCCACUCGCCUGAGGAGAUAGAGCGAAAAGAAAUGUGGUUUGACUUUGGCCCACCCAGGACGUUUACUAGGGGCAAUUUUAAGAGACAUUUUGACCAUCUUCAGUUCGACUCUGCCCUGCAGUACGUAUCUUUUCCACGGAUUCAGUUGGAAAAUAAGAAAGACGACAUUUCCAACACACCGCAAAAGGCUCGGACGGAUAUGACUUUCUUCUUCAAUUGGCAGAAAGAAAAAGGGGUCAAGCGAAUCUUGAAGGUGAUUGUUGACGACCUUGAGCCGCCUUACCAUAGCGACGAGGCAAUCGAAAAAGCUUUGGAGUCAAUUGACGUGGAGGUCCUCGACUGGCGGAGGCCGGAUUUGGACCCAGUAACACUUGCUCGAGUAGGUAAAUGCCUAAGAGAAGUUUACCUCCAGUGGAGUGGCAGAAAUACUGUGCUCAGAGCGUGGUCAGAGCCCGAUGGAUUGGUCAAAAUACCCACGUUAAAGUCGAUCCAUCUCAAUCAAGUUGAGGACUUAGAGUCUGAAAACAGAAAUAGGAAAAACAUUGAGGAGUUCGAGAAGAGGCUCCGUAAGACGUGGCCGCACGAGCUGAGUCCACCUCGGGUUACUCGCCCGAAGCCAACCAGCGACAUCUUUCAGGAGGGAGGUAUACAACUCAGCGUCCAGCUAAGCCAUAACGACCAGCUGCUUCGAGAACCUGUGACCGAUCAGUCCUUGGGUCCAGUUCAAGUCGCAUUGAUAGACGAUGGAGCAGAUAUCACUCAUGAUGUUCUCAAGGGCUUCAAAUUUCCAGGACAAAGCUUUUGUCACUAUCGGGAAGGCUCGACGUGGGAAAUACCGUUCGCUGGAAGCACUCCCUUGUCACUGUUGAGGUUCUCUAAUAGAAAUCAGGCUAUCAAAUACGCAAUCGAACGAGGGGUACAUAUCAUGUGUAUGUCGUGGACCAUAAAACCGCCUUUAAAGGACUCUAUCAAGGACGCAUUUGAGGACGAAAUAAUCAAAGCUGGAAAGAAGGGCAUCCUCAUGUUUUGCGCGGCCAGCGAUCAGGGGAAGACGGCAGACCAGACGUAUCCGCACAGCAUCGGCACAAAGAGUUUUAGAGUUGGCGCAGCGAAAGCGACUGGGGCGACCGCGAGCAACGUCGGCGAUGCGGAUUGGCUGAGUUACACUUUCCCCGGUCACGAUGGAACCCAUCGAGAGUGUCUUGAGGGCCACUCAGGCAGCUCGGUUGCAAAUGCCCUCGCCACGGGCUUGGCAGCCCUCAUCAUUGAAUGCGUCAGAUUGGGCAUCUUCCAUACCAGUAAGACAGGACAGCUCGAUCCGACUGUGGCGAUCCAUAAAGAGGAUUUGUUGAAGAUACGCAAACGCGAGCAGAUGGACUUCGCGCUGAAGUCUAUCGGGACGAACCGGAACACGGAACACAAAUACAUAGAGGUGUGGCACAUCUUCAGCCGCGCGGCGGAGAGACUGAAGUACGAUUCGGAUCCUACCUCGCAGUUGGAGGUUGUUGCCGGAUUGGCUAGACACUUCUUGGGCAAGAACGUAUUCAUGUGA